AUGCCAACUAGAAGGAACAAGAGAGUCCAGAAAUGCAAAGAUGAUCGAUUCAGCAACUUACCAGAUGAGAUACUCCAUCAAAUCCUCUCUUUUAAUGACACCAAAAACGCAGUUCAAACCUGUCUGCUCUCCAAGAGGUUUAAAAACCUCUGGAAAACUCUUCCUGACCUCAGUUUCGAUAGCAUGAAUUUCAAUAGAGUUUUCUGCUUCAAAAGAUUUGUCCUCGACGUCUUAACUCAUCGAGAUCCGUCCGUUGACAUCGGUAAAUUCUCUCUCACUCGUCGCGACAGGAUCGACAAGUCUUUCAUGACCAAAGUCAUAGACUACGUUGUUUCCCACAACGUUAAAGAUCUGAGCCUUCCAGUCGACUGGGGAGAAUUCCGUCUCCCACAAAGACUGAUUGAGUGUGAGUCGAUCAAUAGCUUACUGAUGGAAACUUUCCGUCCUGAAAUCUUACCAGGUCACUGGUUUGGUUUUGUGGGGUUGCAGGAUUUGCAUUUGAGUAGAAUGCAAUUCCAUUAUGAAAGUCAGCAACCCUUUGAUCCUUUCUCUAGUUGCCCUAAUUUGAGGAGCCUUUAUUUAGGUGAUUGUUACCUGUCAGGAUUUAGUGUUUUCAGAAUCACUGGACCUCAGCUUAUUAACUUCAGCCUCUCAAAUUUUAUAAUAGCUAACCGAGGCAGGAUUGAGCUUCUUGCACCAAUGCUCACUUCCUUUAGUUUUGAAAACUCAAUACCUCAGUGUUUCGCCUUGGUUGAUCUUCCUGCUCUCAGUAAUGUGAAUGUUCAAGUGUUUUUACCCCAACAAUUCUUCCGCUCAAACCCAACAAAGCAAAAAGCUGCAGAUGCAUUGACCAAUAUGUUCCGAGUGCUUCGUCAUGCACGGUUUGUCACAUUAUCUUACGAUACAAUUGAGAUUCUCGCCAAGGCUCCUAACAGACUCCAACAUCAACCUUCUCCCUUCAUGGAACUGGAGAAAAUGAAGUUGAAAAUGCAACUUGAAGAGAACUCAAUAGCGAUUUCUCCCCAUGUCACAGCAUACUUACUCAGUGCUUCUGGAUCUCAUGCAACUUUAGAAGUCGAAGUGGAAAGUCGGGCAAUUCAUGAAUUGGUUGACGACAUUGAUGGAGAAACCGAUGUCAUGUCUAAUGUAUGA